GGACGGGAGUCCUUCGGUUGUCGUUGAAAACGACGAGCGAGAGCGAAAGAGAAUCGACACAACAGUAUUUCGUCCGUCUUCCAAAGGAAAAUUCUCGCGAGCCUCAAACAACUCCGCAUCAUCCAGCACGUGGACCGGAAGUCGACAACAGCCCCAUCGUUUAGGAUCGUAGCAACCACAGGCAGUCGAAAACGAAAGCAAACUUCCUGCCCCAUCACCGGUUCGGGGCCAGCAGCGGGCAGCAGCGAAGGGCCCCACAUUCAUGUACCUGCGCCCUCCGUGGUGCUGAGAAUGCCAAUGUUGUCACAAUUUCAAAUGAACUUUCGCGCGUUUCUCGUUCUGGCGUCGAAGGUAUGGACGUGUAUCUGCUACAUGUUCAACCGGCAGGUUCGGGCGUUUGUACAGCAUCAACCGGUGAAAUACCAGCUGUUUCCCCUGUCGCCGGUUUCGCGGCACCGGCUGAGCAUGGUCCAGCGGAAGACGCUCGUGCUGGACCUGGACGAGACGCUGAUACACUCGCACCACGACGCGAUGCCCAGGAAUACGGUCAAGCCCGGCACGCCGCACGACUUCACGGUCAAGGUGACGAUCGACAGGCACCCGGUGCGCUUCUUCGUGCACAAGCGACCCCACGUCGACUACUUCCUAGACAUUGUCUCCCAAUGGUACGAUCUGGUGGUGUUUACGGCCAGCAUGGAAAUCUACGGUGCAGCAGUUGCCGAUAAGCUCGACAAUGGUCGCAACAUCCUCAGACGGCGCUACUACCGCCAGCACUGUACGCCCGACUUUGGCUCGUACACGAAGGACCUGUCGGCGAUAUGUAGCGAUCUGAAUAGAAUAUUCAUCAUAGACAAUUCACCCGGUGCAUACCGAUGUUUUCCUAACAACGCCAUACCGAUCAAGUCCUGGUUCUCCGACCCGAUGGACAUCUGCCUGCUGUCACUGUUGCCGCUGCUGGACGCGCUUCGAUUUACGAACGACGUACGGUCGGUGCUGUCACGCAACCUACACCUUCACCGUUUGUGGUAGCAGAAUUUAAGUAACAUUGUACGGUGCGCUGUGAGACUACUAAAAUCUUACAAAUAUUUCUUUAUUUUAUUCUAAAAAUAAAACUAUUAUACGUGAGGAGGCGAAUUACGCGUGAGACCGUGUCAGGAGGGGAGGAAUCGUGACGAAUAAUUUAACAAAAAAAAAAAAACCAAAACCUUUACCACGAAAGCAGACGAAGGGCGACAGCAAUGAAGAAGCAUAAUGUACGCUGUGUAAGAAAGACAUGAAUGUGUAUAUGCUGCCGGUAAUUCAAAAACAAAAUGAUAAGAAAGGAUCAAGCAAAUUAAAAAUAAGAAGAGAAAAUGAAAUCAUAAAACAUUGAAUAACAACAGAUCAGAAAACACAACCAUGGAUGAACUAUGAACGCAUUUAGCGUCGAAAGGACAACAAAGUUUGUGCACAACGGCGUAAAUGUAUCGGAAGGAUGUGUCACAGGAAAGGAUCGAGUGGUUUGCACAAGCGUAGGAAGAGUUUAUACAUAAGUCUGAAAGAUAGGAAGGACGAUCGGGUUCCAGUUUCUUAUUUGGUGGCAAAAUGAAAGAUGGAAGCGUUUCGAAAUAAUAUAGGACCUGUUACUAUAAUUUGCCCUCCUAGCGCAAAGCCCGUUAAAACUUAAUUUUGUUAUUAGUUUUACUCACUUCGCGGUGUGGUUCGAGCUAGCAGGAAAAACGUGUAGUAGUAGUAUUUUCCUAUAAUGUCACCACUUACGGUGAGAACGCGAACGUCAUGAUGGGAACGAACGAGACCAGAAACUAGACACUUUCGAACACGGGAGAAAGUUAGUUCCUUCACCCAUACUUGUACAGAAUUUUCUUCCCUUUAAUCAUUUACGAUAAUGAAUGAGGCUCUCGGGGUUUGGCUAAGCGAUUAGAAUAGUUUUGUCUUCAAGUCAUUUGCCACUCGAAUGGAUCGAGUUUUUCUGUAUUAUUGGUGGGCGACCUCUGGGACACAGAAAACGUACAGGUCUUCGCCCAUUGGUGGACUUGUUUCCGCUCCUUCGCUUAAAACCAAAGGUUCGGUUUUUACCCAGGCAGAACAUCCAAUUGCAAGAAAAAGGCAGACAAACGGAAGAAGAAUAGCGAAACAAGCUGCUUCAUAAAAAAACACACAGAACCCCAACCAACUGCACGUAGUUUUUAGUAACGGAAGUAUCUUAGUAAUAUAAUGCUGAUCCCGACGCUGCCAGGUACGCGCUCGCGCAGCACGAUCGCGUUUGUCCUGCAAAAGAAAACUGUUUUGCAUUUGGCCAUUCAGUUGGGAAUUUGCGAGUGGUAAAUAAGUGCGUAAAGAAUUUGCUCGUUGAGAGAAUUGUCGAGAGCAUUGGCAAGAACUCGUAAGAUCCAAACCGAGAUUAAUUGCAAUGCGUUCAAUAUUUAAUGGCAGGAGUGAGACACACAGAAUACGAUGCUUCCGAGCGGGGAAUGAUAAGAAAAUAAUGUAAAAUGAUUUAACCCUUGUUUGCUCAAUCAUUAUAUCGGUGUAUCGUUAAGAUCACACAGCACCCGCUAUGGUAAUGGUGGCCAUAGCCGGUGGGUAAAUCUGGUUGCUAAAAAAUAAAACCCGGCUCAGGGGAUUAGAAUCGAAGCUAGAUUUUAUCAGUAAAAAAUACCGUCGUAUAAUUGUUUGUUCUGUUGCAUGCAAUCGAGAACUUGUAGCGAAAUCCAACUUACCGUUAUUUAUUGCUUUCUUCUGUUUUUUUUUCAUUUUUCGUCUUUUGCAUAUCAAAUCGACCAUGCCGAUAAACUUUUGCUUAGGUUUUCGUGUCGGGGUUUAAAUUAUGUGAAAAGAAUGGCUAGCACAGAGCAAUGUUCACCCGUUUAUCGUUGCUUAUUUUCGUUUGUUUAGUAAGUUAUCUAAUGUUACCGACUAAGAAUUCUACCUCCUUAUCUUUCGUUCUUUUAAACUUAUUUUGCUCCAACAAUUUCACACUUCAAAUGCGUAAUUUCUUUGCAUAACGUUUUGAUCCAAACCUCCGUGGGGUAGAAAAUUCAUUUCAUACAUACUAAAUAAAUGAUUGUAGAAAAAAGACACACAAAAACUCUCAUUAACUCACGUCGUAUGGCGGCGAGACACACGAAGUGAACAAAAUAAUGCAACGAUCAUGUAAAAUCUUCUGAAGGUAAUAAAAAAAAAACAAAAACCAUUACUACGUAUAAUUGAACAAUACGGUACAAAACAAGGGAAGCGGUAAAUCGGUGAUCAUGAU